UUCACACAGAGUAGAUCUACAUAUACAUGCAAGAAAGAGAGAGAUCGAGAGAGCUAGAGCUAGAGAGAGACUUGAUGGAUGAUGCCCGUGGAAUCUCCAGAGGAAGGUGCAAGAAUUGCUCUAGCUGUGGAGGCUACACUCCCCCUAGCAGUGGUCUCAAUUGGAAGUGCUCCCAAUGUGGCUGUCGUCCUGCAGGACACUCUAGGCUGGACCAGUCCAUGCAAUCACAGCAAGGAGACACUUCUAUCCGAGACACUUCUACUGGAGACACUUCUACCCGAGACACUUCUAUGGAUCAGAGUCAUGUAGCUCUUCCAAUUUCUGCAUCUUCUCUGAACUUUCAGUCGUUCCCAAUAUCAUCAUUGUGUGGCUUCCCCAACUGUAAUCAGACCGUUGACUUUGAUUUGAAUUCGGGCAUGGAAAGCAUACACUGUCAUUUUCAUAUGAUGACUGCAAGUAUGGGAAUGUUUGAAGAUAAUCAAUUUGGGCAUGGAAAUCAAUAUGAAGAGAACUUUUAUCAAGAUUCAAGUAUGUUCUCCGUGCCACAAGGCGCACAGGACAAUUCCCUGUGCAUUAUCCCCGAGUGUUUCCAGCCUAAGUAUAUGGACAGUGGCACUGGAGUUCUCCAUGACUACUGUGGGAAGACGCAUGCCCAAGAGGGGAAGAUGAGAGGAAUAUUACCGAAUAUCCAAGAUGGUGCAGCACUACCAACUCCAGUACAGGCUCCUGUUGUACCCACAUCAAGGGCCACAUGUGCUAUUGCUGAGUGCCUAAAGGCAUGCUAUGUUGAUGAGAGUGGUACGGUGCAUGAGUGCUGUGGUAUCACUCAUGCCAUGGAGCACCAGAGGAGACAGGCUCUGUGGCAACAGGUGAACCAGCAAGUGGUGAAAGGAGUUACACACUGUCUACUACCUGGCUGUAAUAAACAUACGUGGCCUUUUGAGAACUAUUGUGGGAGAAAACAUGCUAAUCUUGGAUUGCAACAAGGGCUUGUGGCUCCUCCACCAGUUGCUGGAACUACCACUGCAUCUCAAGCUGGGCCCAAGGACAGCUCAUCGUGCAUCAUCCCUGGUUGUCAGAAGCCCAAGUUUGUGGACAGCAGUACUGGGGCCACCUAUGACUACUGUGGGAAGAGCCAUGCUGAUGAGGGAAAGAGGAGAGGCAUUUACGCUACAGCUGAUAAGGUUGAAGAUCAGUGUGGCCUACCUGGAUGCACUAACAGAAGGAAAACAGAGGGAGGGACAGUCCAUGACUACUGUUGUCUAGACCAUGCACAGAAGGACGCCCCCAACAGAGAUGCGAGGACUCUUACAAGUAUGCCAGAAGUUCAAAAGUUUCUCCAGAAAUUCCCGAAUCUCAAAGUUGCCUCAAUGAAAGAAAACGACCACGCUAAGCCUGGAGGUGCUUUAUUCAAUAAAUUUAGGAGCGCAAUGAUGUCUCUACCCACUAGCCAAAGAAACACUUGCCUUGCAUUUCAUGGAACGGCAGAGAGUAAUAUCGACAGCAUUUGUACUACUGGCUAUGACCAAAAGAAGAGAAAUGGCCAAGCCUAUGGUGCUGGGGAGUACUUCGCAACAUCUCCCAACACCCCUCUUUCCUACUGCAAGGGUGGGAAGAAGCUGCUACUGAACGAACUGUUAUUAGGACAGAAUGGAACUCAUCAUACAACACAUGGGGACAUUGUAGUGAUGAAGAACCCUGCUCAUGAUUUACCACGUUUUGUUAUUACAUUCAAAUGACUUCUUUAUACACAAUUAUUACUAAUCAUAUAAUUAUAUAGUUUCACUUUGACACAGUUAUUCUUAAUCUACAAGUUAAUUAUCACUGGUCUCUUAACUACUA